CUGCAGUUAUUGAGGUAACUAUUUCCUCCACAAAAUCGGGUGAUCAAAUCAAAGCCUUAAAGUCUACCUAAUGAUAGGUGCCUAACCUAUCAUAGAUCUGCACAAUGGUCUCUUGACCGAAACUAUAUCCGAAAUGUAAGAUUCGCUCUGCAUAAACUCUACGCACCAUCAUUUUACCUACCUGUUAAUUAUAUCGUGGAAUUAUUUAUCCUACAGUAAAGAGUGUUGCAAGAUACAUUGAAAGCUUGCUAUAAUUACUAAAAAUAACAUAAAUCAGGUCGUGAAUAAAGAAUGAGUUGGUGGAUAAAGGAAUUAAAGAACAUGUAUAGAUCAUUCAAUAGGUGUUGUCUUUGCCUUAACAAUGCGCACCUAUGCUAUAUUAACCUUGGCAGAGUCUGGAUCCAAACCUUGGAAUAUCAUCCAACACAACAUAACUCGAUAUUCAUAGACCAUACUCCAGAAUAUCUCACGUCCUAGAGCAAAACGUUACUAUCACCAGUCACUAUGGCAGACUUCGCACCCAUCCCCCAAUUCCUCGUCGGAUGGACUCUCGCCCUCUUCUUUUUCGUAUUCUGUUCGUUCUGGCAAGAGACAUUCACCGUGUUCGUAGCGCUCGCGUACUUCUACCUCAGUGUGGCUGGUGCAUGCUGCCUUUUGGCCAUUCACCCGGGGCUAUUCGCUUGCGUCUUCGUCUACAUCUGCCUUCUGCGCUUUGUUUAAGGCAGUAAGUAUCCCUCUGACACUUUCAGGUUACUGACUUGAUCUUGCGACAAUGACUUCUAUAUGCCUAGAAGAACACCUUGGUUGACUGGUUGAGGCCGUAUAGUACUGUUUAUCUGGGUACCUAAGUCCUAUCUGCAUCACCACUCUAUCUAGGUACCUUAUCUAACCUAGCUAUCUCCAGCUUCAAGUAGCCGAGACCGAC